AUGUCACACAACAUUCUCGUCACCGGCGCCUCCGGGUAUUUAGGGGGAACCUUGCUCGCCCGCUGGAGCCGUGCCAAGCUUCCUGCUUAUCAUAAGCUGUACGCCCUGGUCCGCACCAAUGAGCAAGGCGAAGCUGUCAAGCAAUACGGUGCCGAGCCGAUAACUUUUGACGUGAAAGAUGAGACUAGCAUCAUGGAUGCGAUCAUUGACAAAAAGAUCACCAUCGUCCUUUUUCUAAUUGACGCAAUGACCUCUGAGUCCCAAGUGUCAAUGAUCAAGGCUUUGGGCGAAAUGAGGAAGCAAACUGGCCAAAAAGUCCACUUUCUUCAUACUUCAGGUGCAAAGAUAUUUAGCAAUCAUGCUGGUCAUCCUACAGAUCGACCGCUUCCGGAUAAUGAUCCAAGCCUAUAUCAUUUGCAAAAGACGUCACAGGCACACUACGUACCGGUGACUAAGGCUCUUGAGGCAAACAAUACUGUGAUCGAAGUAGCCGAACAGUACGGUGUGAAAAGCUAUAUCUUUGUACCAUGUGUUGUCUAUGGAAAGGGAGAAGGAUUCGGAAAUCCCAUAUCGAUUCAGACCGUUGCCAUUGUGAAUGCCGCCAAAAAGCUUGGACGGGUAUACAGACCUGAUGCGGAUGACCAUACAUGGCCCGUGUGCCACGUCGUGGACAAUGCGGCGCUUUAUCUUGAGAUCAUACGAAAUAUACUGUCUGAGAAUUCUAUCGCAAGCGGAAAGAGUGGAUACUAUCUUGCUGCUAGCGGAAGUGUGGCCUGGAAUGACAUUUACUGCGCGAUGGCAAAGGAGUUGGCUAAACGACAGGUUGUCGAUAAAGAGGAGGUAGAUUUAGUCAAUGACCAAGCUCUAGAGCAGAUGGGAGUGGCAUUGGGUUGUCCAAAAGACAUGGUUCCCUUGUUUUUGGGUGGAAAAUGUACCCUCGAGGCCAAGAAUGGACUCAAAAUUGGCUGGAAACCUCAAUACCCGGCUGAUCACAUUCUCGAGGUGGCUGACAAGGAAGUUGAUUUAAUCCUGGACUUCCACCAAAAGGGAUCACUAUAA